AUUUUAUACGAAAAAGACGAGGAAGAAAACGAGUAAUUAAACUUAGAAAUGAAUCAAUAUUCGAAAGAAUUAAUUCAUUAAACGUCUUUUUUAAUUUAAGAAAAAGAAACAUUAAUCCAUUAGUCUUUAGAAAACUUAAUAUAACUAAUCACUGAAAACACACACGUAUCAUUUUGUAUAAAAAAGAAGUUCGAAAUGUCCCAAAUAAAUACCAAAUACAGUGAAAAAAGACUCCAAAGUUCAUGCGAAAACGGUCAUUAUUAAUUCAAAAAAGACUGGGAACGGGAAGAAAAGACAGGCAAGUUUUUAUUCAUAAACAAGGAAAAAAUCGAGACUUAGAAAAAAAUAAUAUCUUUCCUAUUAUCAAAAAUCGGUUCUAAUAUAAUUAAAGGAAAAUCUAUUCUCUCGAUUUCACUUCCUAUAGAUAUUUUUGAACCAAGAUCUAAUUUAGAAAGAUUCGCUUAUAGUUGCUCUUUUGCUCCUAUUUAUUUAAAAAAGGCGGCUUUAUUAACUGAUGCCGUUUAAUAGAUGAAAUUUGCUGGCAUUUUUCUUAUUACUACAACUGUUAUGUAUUUGGAUUUAUCUAAACCCUUUAAUCCUGUACUUGGGGAAACAUAUUAAGGAAGAUUGAAUGGUUUUCCUUUUUAUUGCGAAUAAAUUAGCCAUCAUCCGCCUAUUUGUGCACUUUUUUAUGAUGGGGAAGGCUAUUAAAUUCACGGGCAGAUAGAGAGUAUUGCCUAGAUGCAUGCUAAUAGUGUCACGGGAAUUAAUUAGGGCAAUUUUUGGGUCGUUUUUAAGAAUACUGGGAAUAAAAUUGGACUUAUUUAGGCAGCAGGGAGUCUUAAUGGAACUUCUUUUGGGACAAGAUAUAUGUCAGUAGAUGGGUCGUAUAUUGCACAUGAUUUAAAGAAUUAACUUGUGAUGGAAGUGAAGGCUAAUCCAGAUAAAAAGGGCUUUUUUUCUAUGUCUAAAUAGUCGACAACUAUUGAUUUUGUUUAAGGAGGAAUUUAUAGAGCCACUGAUGAUUUUUUGAGGAAAAUUUAAUAAUUGAAACCUCAUUAUUAUAAAAUAGAAGGAUUAAAUCUAAAGGAAGAUGUGAAAGAAUAAAUCUGUAAUAUUAAAGGCUUUUGGAAUAAAGAAAUUGUAGUAGAUGGAGAAUUUUUGUGGAAUCAAGAAGAACCGUUGCCUUUUGUUUUAGAAGGGGAAGAGAAUCCUAUACCUAGUGAUUGUAGUUGGAGAUAAGAUUUAUUGUAUUUAAGGGCAGGGGAUAAGGUUAAAGGGUAACAAUAUAAAGAAGUUAUUGAAGAUAUUUAGAGAAAAGAUAGGAAAUUAAGGGAAAAAUGGAAAGAAUAAGAAAAAAAAAUUAAAGGGAAAAAAUGA